UUCACUUCUUUAUUCUACUUUCAGACUGAUAGCUCGAUAAACUACAUGUCGUAGUUUAAUGCAAUAUAUUUGUUUCUCCUGAUUCUCCUGAUGGAACUUUAUCGUUCAUUCUUCAUCAUCAUUCUUCUUAUACUUACUACUAAGAUAUGCUUGAGUUUGGAUUGUAUACCUGGAGCAGGUGAGGUUCUGGUUGAAGAUUGCGGAGCUAGCCUGCUCCCUGCUCAGUAUCUGUGUACUCAACUCGACAUAGAUCCAGAUACUCAACAACUAGUCAACUGUACCAAGGAAGGAAGGGGUUUAACCCGUUGUGAAGCUGCGCCUGGUAUCCUCUGUACACCGUUCUGCAACUCCACCUUUCUGAAGGAGGUUGAGUGCUUGUGGACCAACGGGUACAGUUUCGAUACAGCCCUACUCCUCUCCGUGUUCCUGGGUAUGUUUGGUAUUGACAGGUUCUAUCUAGGAUACCCUGCAAUAGGUUGUCUUAAGUUUGCUACUCUAGGAUUCUUCUUCAUAGGACAUCUGGUAGAUGUAAUACUAAUCUCUACCCAGACCCUAGGACCUGCAGAUAAUUCAUCCUACAUCAUUCCAUACUUUGGACCAGUUCUGAGAAAGGUUCUGGUUGGAGAGAACACGUAUAGGAAGGAAGAGGGAGACUGGUAUACGGAUAAACAUUCAUGGUCUAACCCUGCAGAAUAACUUUUCAAACUCAACUAGUGAUAAA